AUGUCUGACCCGAUCAAGUCUCUGACGACCACGGCGUCGGUUCUGGUGAGCAAGAACCAAUCAGGGCUGCUCAACAACAAGACGUACAAGGAGGCGAUGUCUGCGCUGAACGGCGAGACGGGCCAGAAGCUUGUUCAGAAACACCUUGAGAACCCCCAGACCAGCGUUUCUUAUGUUCGGCGGUCGAAAACCACACGCAGCGACGGGCUGGAGCUGGUGAGCGACCAGCUGCUGACAGAGAUCCCGGCGCAGUCCGAGGAAGACACUGUUUUUUCGCUAUAUCAAGGGUUCAGUGCAGUGUUGCCGGACCUGGAGCAAACUGUUGCUCCUUCCAAACGCAUAACCAACACAUUGAAUGCAGACACCAUCCGGUCCACUUCCAACAUUGGCCAAUUGCUGGAGUACAAGGACGAGGUGAAUUACAAGCUCGAUCUGCUGGAAAUCCGCAAGGGACUGGCCGAGAGCGACAUAAAAGAUAUCGACGCCAAGAUCGAACAGUUGUACCGUCUUCGCAAAAGAAUGUUUGAUAGAGUUGCAGAUUACGAGAAACAACAGACAGAUCUGGAAAAACUGCUGGGAGUGGUGGAAAAUAGUCUCGAAACCAGGGGCCACCAGCAGCCGGAGCAAAAUGGAGACCAACCUGACUCGCCGGUUCUGUUGGCCUCGACGGCCCCGUCCAGGAAACACACGUCCACUCUGAACCAGUACUACACUCCCGGGAGCGAGAUUGUGCGACUGGACGCCCACGAGGACGGCGUGACGUGUUUUGCGUUCGACGCUCCGUUUGGAACGUUGGUCUCGUCGUCGCUGGACAACACCGUCAAAGUUUGGGACAUGAACCGUAACGAGUGCAUUGGCCGGCUCGAAGGCCAUUUGUCGAGCGUGGAGUGUCUGGAGAUGCAGAACAAUCUGGUUUUAACCGGCUCUUUGGACGCUUCUCUCAAGCUCUGGGAUUACACCAAGACAGGCGAGCCAGAUAGCCUGCUGCACUCGUUCGAGAGCCAUGUGGACGAGAUCACCGCGAUUAGCAUGGACAACACGACGAUUGUGUCUGGGUCGGCGGACAAGACUAUUAGACACUGGGACAUGAACACUGGCCAGUGCAUCCAGACGAUCGACGUGAUGUGGGCAGCUUCGCGGAGCUGGAAACAGGCUCCGUCAAGGAUGGAGACGCCGUACAUCGGCGCGCUGCAGUGUUUUGACGCUGCAUUGGCGUCGGGGUCGGGCGACGGCGUGGUGAGGCUGUGGGACCUGCGGAGCGGCGAGAUAAUCAGACAGCUCAUUGGUCACACGAAUGCGGUGACGUGUUUGCAGUUUGACGAGCACAGCAUUUUGACCGGGUCGCUCGAUCGGUCGGUGAGGGUGUGGGAUUUGCGGACAGGCACUUUGAUGGACUCGUUUGCGUACGAGAACGGCAUCAAGUCGCUCCAGUUUGACGAAAAACGGGUGGUUUGUGCCACCGGCGAGGAUACCGUCAAGGAGUACGACCGGAUCGACCAGACACAUCAGGAUGUUGCGCAGAGUUCCGGGGCGGUGACUUUUGCGCGGUUCGCAGACAGCUACUGCGUCGAGGGCCGUGACAACGGCAGCAUUGGUGUGUGGAAGCUGUGA